ACGCUAUUGUCGUCCUUGAUCAGCGUCGCCGCGUUCAAAAUCGGCUUGCCCAAGAAGCCGGGAAGUGCUGGUGGCAUGGGGAGCUUCUCAAUCGCCGAGCAGGCAGUAUUGUACUGUGGCGCAUCCUCCUGCAGAUCAAAGUCGAGGAGAUAUCUUGGGAUCUUGUGGGCAAACAGCUCGGCUGGCGGACAGUCCCUGAAGCUGGCUUUUGGCUGCUGCUGGUUCGACUCCUCUUCCGAGACGGGGUUCUGCGACCUCUCAGUCGUCUGCUGUCCGUCCUUGGCCGGAGCUCCAGCUGCCGCGGCACCACUACCACUUUCCGCGGCGGAGGGGAGGUCGUCUGGGUUGACUUCGAUGUAGUUGACAAGGUUAUUUCCAAAGUCAACAGUUGUUGGGAGGUCGGGGGACGUCUGCAUUUGGCCAUCUACCAAGAAUCGAAUGUGGUGGGUGCCGGGGAGAAUGUCGAUCGUGGUCGCAAAUACACCUGGCCGUCCCUCGCUGUGUCGAGGAAAAUCUGUGUUAGCUUCUUCUUCAGAACCCAAAUUCUGCGCUGAACGGGGCCUUCAACAACACUUACACCGGGUGUAACCUCGUCUUGCGAUUCCACUGAAAGAUGGUCCCCGUAACGUAGACCUUGUCACCUCCGCGCUUCCAUUCUAACCUCGUGGGCACCGUCGGCCUAUUCUUGUCCACCAAAAGUCCCUCUGGGUCAUCGUCCUCCAACACCGAAGCAUUGCUGACAUUUGACGGGGGGCGCACCAGCCCUUGCGAAUCCAACUCCUCGACAUCCUCCAAUGGCUGUCCAAUAUCGGCAGGCGAGAUAAUCGGCGACCCGGGCGUGUGGACCUCCUCCUCGAUGGGGAGGGGCAGCCGCGGUGGGCGCGUCAUAUACGACAUAUCUUGCAAGCUACUAUGCGGCAUGACGACUGAUUCAUAUAUGUCUUCGGACCUUGGUGAGCGGGGCGACCUCGGGGACGAAGGCGAGUUGUGAGAAUAAGGGACAGCCACGGGCUUGGCGGGCUCAUGCGAGGGGCGGGGUAUGCCCUGCUUGACGUCGACGGGCUUCGCAACCGUCGUGGAGCGGUCAGCCGUCACCGAGGACGACGGGGUGGAAUAACCCGGGGGGGAUGCGGCGCAGGGUCGGUGCUGCAGUGAUUUUGGCCGGUUGCUGCUGGUGGACGGUGGCUGGACGGCGGUGCCCUGGGCUUGGGUGAGGGAGGGUUCGGGCGGGGCGGCGACCCGGUGAGUCUGUACCGGAAUCGGAUGUUUGUUAUCUCGCCUCACGGGCCGUGGAGACUCAUUUUGGCUUCCUGGGGCGUUGGAUUGGAAGGAUGACGACUGGCUCGUGGGUUUUGAUGUGGAGGGGCUGUUUCCCAUUUUAAUCAACCUUUCUUCUCCGGGCGUGCCUGCUGUCCGAUAGCAGCACACGCGAACCCGAAACAAAAUCGAAGGGUGGGAGAGCAGUGAAGCUUGGGCUGGCGGGUACGGGGUGGUGCUGGGUGCUGGGUGCUAGGAGGUGCUGGGUCCUAGCGGAGUAUUCGCUAUGUAACAGAAAAACACAACAGAUGGGAGUGCCGGAGAGCGAUAACAAAGGGGAGACUGGCUCAACCUUGACUCCGAUACGGUUAAGAAAAGAAGCGGACGACAGAGAAUUCGGCCAGUUUCAACCGCGGGUAAAGCCAAUCCAGAAGGUAAAUGGUUCAGCAGAUGGAGGUGCUGAGGUCCACUGUCUGGGGGUUCAGUCGUUUUUGAUGGAUCGAUAAAGACCCCCCCAACCAGGUUUCCACUCGCUCCACCACCACAAGUCAUAUGUGGUCCGUGUAACCCAUGUCACCCAGAGCCCGGGUCCCAGUCCCUGCCCAGCCAAUUGCGCCCCCACUGGUGGACGUCUUCGUGCAUCUUCACCAACUGGUUGCAACUCUCACUUACAUACAUCCUCUCACUCAUCAAAGGCCUUACCUAUUCAAAGCUCAGCAUUCCCAACCAAAGCCCCCGCUCACUUCUACCACCCCCCACUUCACUUCACUCUCUCUCAUCCCAUCUCUCAUCCCCUCUCAUCCAAAAUGUCCGAAAACUACGUCGCCCCCGGCCAACAGCGCUACCUUCGCGCCUGCAUGGUCUGCAGCAUAGUCAUGACCCAUCAGCGUUUCCGAGACGAAGGCUGCCCCAACUGCGAAGAGUUCCUCCACCUCCAAGGCUCCAGCGAGCAAAUCGAGUCCUGCACCUCGUCCGUCUUCGAGGGCCUCAUCGCCAUCGCCGACCCGACCAAGUCCUGGAUAGCCAAAUACAACCGCCUCGACGGCUACGUCCGCGGCACCUACGCCAACAAGGUCCUCGGCCAGCUGCCAGACGAGAUCCGCACCAUGCUGGAGGAGGAGUAUAGGAUUCAGUAUAUCCCGCGCGAUGGUAGCGCUACGGAGGCGGACUGAGCAGAGUUAUGGUGGUGUGAGUGAUGAUGAGAUGAAAAAAUGUAUCAUAAUUGAUGUGGCUGUGUGCGAUUGAAGCUUUUUUCUUGCAUCAAUAGCGGGUUGGGAAUGGCGCAAAAUUAAUUAAUACUGGAAGACUUUUGAGAUUUCAAGGACGUCUGUUUUGGGUACUCAUAUGUUUUGGAAGCUGUUUCGAAGAGCCGCCAAUUUCUUGCACCUAAGGCAAGGUCACACUAUCAUCACGGUAUAAUCUGGAUCUUGGAGUCAUCACCACUAUCAACUCACACCAGUAAUAUAUCUAGGUUACCACG